AUGUUUUUACUCACACUCGUACUCACCAGGUAUGAGUACAACUAUUUCAACUGUGAACCUUGUAUUGACAGGUCUUCCUGCAAAUGCAAGUUCGGUCAAUACACAAUUUAUGGUGGCAAGAAGGACAGUGGGGAAUGUUAUUCUGACAUCUGUUGUUGCGCUCGAGAGAGAAUUGAAAUUCCAGAGCCACCUCCCCCAAGAACUCCAACAAGAACUCCAACAAGAACUCCAACAAGAACUCCAACAAGAACUCCAACAAGAACUCCAACAAGAACUCCAACAAGAACUCUCAAGUUGCCGAAGACUCAUGUGAAGAAGAAGCCUUCUGGUAAGUUUCUUAUAGCCAUCUAUAUGGCACGCUUUGAGUAA